AUGCCAAUUGCCUCGAAUCAAAUGGAUUCAGCCAAGAUCAUAGCAGCAUCGCACAAGCAUCCACGACCAAAUACCGUAUUCACUUAUGGAACUGCUGGGUUUCGCAUGCAUGCCAAUAAAUUGGAUUCAGUCAUGUUUCGAGUGGGUUUACUAGCUGUUUUGAGGUCCAAAUUCCAUCAUGGUCGCGUCAUUGGAGUUAUGGUCACCGCUUCUCACAACCCUGAAGAAGAUAAUGGUGUCAAAUUGGUUGAACCCUUGGGAGAAAUGUUGGUUCAAGAUUGGGAGGUUUACGCUACUCAACUUGCAAACGCUGCUACUGAUGAUGACUUGAUCAGUGCCGUCAAUGCUAUUGUCACAAGUCAGUCUCUCUCCAUGUCCACUCUUGCUCGUGUUAUCAUCGGUCAUGAUACUCGACCAAGCUGUCCUGUUCUGUUAGCUUCACUUCAAGAUGGAGUAGACGCUUUGGGUGGCGAACUCAUUCAAGCUGGAUUGAAAACCACCCCUCAACUUCACUACCUGACUCGAUGCUUGAACACGGCUGGAACUCCCGAUGCUUAUGGUGAACCUACUGAAGAGGGCUACUUUGCAAAGCUAUCUGAGGCAUACAAGCGUAUUGUGGACAAGAACGCACCAAAAACACAAGUGACGGUAGAUGCAGCAAACGGAGUUGGUGCUCCAAUGAUGAAAAAGCUCAUCGACGUCAUUGGCACACAACAUCUCAAUGUCAACCUCGUCAACGAUGCUGUUUAUGUCCCUGGAACACUGAAUCACGAUUGUGGUGCCGAUUAUGUAAAAGUAGGACAAAAGCCACCUGUUGGCCUUGAUUUGAAAGUUGGUGAACGGUAUUGCUCUCUGGACGGUGAUGCUGAUCGUAUUGUUUACUACUACAAGAGUCAAGAUGACAUUUUCAGGCUUCUUGAUGGUGACAAGAUUGCUACUUUGGCUGCAGGAUUCAUUAUGGACUUGGUUCGAAAGUCGAGCGUCAAAGUCACUCGAAGUGAUUCAAGUGUCUCUGAAGUUCAUGUUGGAUUGGUGCAAACUGCAUAUGCUAAUGGCAGCUCUACAACAUAUGUCAAGAACACGUUGAAUGUACCUGUCGUCUUUACUCCAACUGGUGUGAAAUAUCUGCAUCACGAGGCAGAACAUUUCGAUGUAGGAGUCUACUUUGAAGCAAAUGGCCACGGCACUGUUCUAUUCAGUCGUGAAGCUAUACGCGCAUUCAAAUCUUCAAAGGGAUCUACCACUGAAGCACAGGAUGCGUUGGAUACAUUGGUAGCCUUGACUGAUCUCAUCAACCAAACAGUUGGUGAUGCGCUGUCAGAUAUGUUGAUGGUUGAAGCUAUUCUUGCAUGCAAGAAUUGGUCACCUUCAGACUGGGAUGCUGGAUACACUGAUUUGCCAAGUAGACAAGAGAAAGUCAAGGUCUCGAAUCGAUUGGCGUUUGUUGCAAUCAACGCUGAUACUGAAUUAGAAAAGCCGGAUGGAUUACAAGCCAAGAUCAAUGAGCAAGUGGCCAAGUUCCCUAGUGGGCGCUCGUUUGUCAGACCAUCUGGAACUGAAGAUGUGGUACGCGUUUACGCGGAAGCAGACACACAAGUCAAUUGUGACCUAUUGGCCAACACGAUAUGUGGCAUCGUGUUUGAUGAGUUUGGAGGAGUUGGUCAACGACCUGAAAAAUUUGUCAAGCUGCAUUGA